CUCUCCUACCUUGAAAGUGUACGGUUCUUAAAAAGCUUCUUUGUGCUUGCUGCCUUCCUUCUUAGCUGUCUUUACUCAAGCGCGGAUCCUCAGGUUAUUCUUUCGUGGGGAAUCCAAGACCUCCAUUCACACAACGCAGAAUCUCCCACCGGUAACAUGAACAACUCCUCAAGUUACACACGAUUUCAUGGUUCACGGUGGUCCGUACUUUUUGUUAUUUAAACUAAUAGCUGCAUAACCCAUGGACGUUUCCUUUGGGAUGACUUCCUAGAACUACAAUUACAGUUUUUCAAAUCUCUUCCCUAAAUGUCCAAACGUGUCCCUGGAGAAGCCGAUACCGCAAGGAAUUCUGGGGAACGUAGUUCUGGUUUGGGGCAAGCAAGACCUCGGCGCUGAGUAGAAACACUUCUGGAGGAAGUGGCUGGGCGUGAGAAGGAGACGAGACGAUUUUCCGCAAAUGUCGCUCAUGUGCGCCUGCGCGGUGCACGGGGGCGUGACUUCAUGUUCCCACGCGAUUGGUCAGCCGUCUUCCAGGCACGCGCAGACAGCCCCCUCCCCCGCCCCGCCUUUCGCACGGUCCUCUGGGAGCUGUAGUUCAGACUCCUGCCCUAACACGGCCGCGGGUCGUCGGCUCGGACAUCUGAGGCCGUCCCGGCCUUCGGCUCUGGGCUCGGAGGAUGGAUCCAGGACCCGGGACCGACACGGCGCCGCUGGCUGGCCUGGUCUGGUCGUCGGCUUCGGCGCCUCCGCCACGGGGAUUCAGUGCGAUCUCCUGCACCGUGGAGGGGACGCCCGCCAACUUCGGCAAGAGCUUCGCGCAGAAGUCUGGCUACUUUCUGUGCUUCAAUUCUUUGGGCAGCCUAGAGAGGCCUCUGUGUCCAAGAAGAAACGCAUGUGUAUGAAGCUGGUGCCCCUGGGGGCUGCAGACACAGCUGUGUUUGAUGUCCGGCUGAGUGGGAAGACCAAGACGGUGCCUGGAUACCUGCGAGUAGGGGACAUGGGAGGCUUUGCCAUUUGGUGCAAGAAGGCCAAGGCCCCCAGGCCGGUGCCCAAGCCCCGAGCUCUCAGCCGGGACAUGCGGGGCCUCUCCCUGGACCCACCUGCCCAGCCCAGCAAGGGCGGCUUUCCAGAGCGGACCCUGUCCCGGGUGGGCUCUCGGGCAUCUACUCUGCGGAGGAGCGACUCCAUCUAUGAGGCCUCCAACCUCUACGGCAUCUCAGCCAUGGAUGGUGUUCCUUUCACACUGCACCCGCGAUUUGAGGGCAAGAGCUGUGGCCCCCUGGCCUUCUCUGCCUUUGCCGAUCUGACCAUCAAGUCACUGGCGGAUAUUGAGGAGGAGUAUAACUACGGCUUUGUGGUGGAGAAGACUGCGGCUGCGCGCCUGCCCCCCAGCGUCUCGUAGCCCUUCGUCAGCCCCAGGGAAGAGCCCCCCCUGCCGGACACCCGGGACUGGCAGCCACCCCGCCCCACAGCAUCUUGGGAAUCUUGGUGGCGCAGGGCAUUUUAGACCCUCCGCCACGCAGUGGAGCGACAGCCCUGGAGAAGGGGGCAGGACCAGUCGGCUCGGUGAUGGGGUCUCUCGCCCCCUGGGCCCUGCAGGGCAGGGGUGGGGGCUGGACGGAAACCAGUGCCUUCAAGUCAUUUGUGUCAAAACUCUCCGGUGCCUGGAGGCCACGCGGGCGCCCUCCUGGCAAUAAACACCGCCCUGCGCUCGCCGUCUGGAGUCCUGAUCCCGGCCGCCGGUCCUCUGUGGUUCAAGGUGUUCACCACGCACGCGCGGCACGAGCCAGGGGGCGGAGGUGGCCCCAGUGCAGGACAUCUAAGGCGGCGCUGCCACCACUCGCCUUCUACAGAGGGGGAAUCAGGCUCCGCGAGUGCCUGAGCCGGGAACGUAGGUCACAGAGAAGACCUGGUCCGCCCCUCCAGCAUUGCGCAAAACGCGAAUAAUCGUUUCAGUCACAUUGAUAUUGCGGGGACCCCAGCCCCAACACCUGAUGCGCAGCGUCUCUUUCAGUCUUCCCGCACCCCGGUGGGAAGCCCCGGUUUUGUCGCGUUUUACGGAGCGGGAAACUGAGGCAGGGGCCGCUAAGGUCACAGCUGGGAUCUGAACCCAGGGCCUGCUGUCUGAACUUUCGAGCUGUUCUACGUGUCUCUUUUCCUCUGCCGGGUGACGGGUACGUUCCGUCCAUUCUCAUUAUUGGCGGUAAUUAGGUCCCUUAAUGUCACAGCGAAAACUGAGUUAGGGAGUACCGGAUCCCAUGGGGGGUUCCUACCAGCCUUUGGUCACAUUUUUGUCAAGCAAUCGGUACCGGGCCUUGUGUGUGUGUUUCAAGACCCCGUGUUUAAUACAUACUGCUGAUUAGUUAAUGUUGAA